UUACUACUAUUUCUAUAUCCUAACAACAUGUCCGGCCCUGCAAAGAAAGAAUUCCUCUGCAUCUGCCCCGACAAGCCGGGUGUCAUCGAUAAGCGCUUGGAAGUCCGGGGAAACCACCUCGAAGGCGCCACGAAACUCGUCAGUGAGGGUUCUCUGGUUCUCGGAGUAGGAGCGAUGUUCAACGACUCGCACCCUAAGGAAGGCGAAACACCUUCGUUCAAGGGCAGUGCUAUGAUGCUGCUCGCUGAAAAUGAAGAGGAGGCAAGAAAACUGUUGGAGAACGAUGUUUACACGCGCAAUGGCGUGUGGGAUAUUGAGAAUGUGCAGAUUAUCCCGGUACGUCUUUUUCUCUGA